GCUGCAAGCUUGUGAUAGUUCCCACCAGAGCUUGCAUUUAAUGCGCACGACUUGCACCCUCUUUAGGCCACCCUCUUUUUUGUCGAAGGAGCCCCAACUCUUUUUUGUUUUCUGUAUUUCUCACUCUCUCACUCUCUCACUCUCACCCUCUCUCUGGUUUUUUUUUUUUUCUUCUUUCUGUUGGUUACCAGCUAAGUGAAGCUCAACAACCGCAAACAUGGCUGCCCCCUCGAGCAAGACCACCAAGAACCUCAAUGGCAAAUGGACCAUGAACAAGACGCUCUCCGACUCCUCGGAGCCGGUGCUCUCCCUGCAGGGCGUCGGCUACCUCAUCCGCAAGGGCAUCAGCCUGGCCACCAUCACCAUCGAGGUCGAGCAGUACGAGGGCCCGCCCAAGCCUCCCAACACCGCCGCCGACGUCGUCACGCACAUCGACAUCAAGCAGUCCGCGUCGGGCCUGUCGAGCACGCAGGAGAACCGCUGCUUCGACAACUUCCCGCGCGACCACACCGACUGGCUGUUUGGUACCGUGACGGGCCGGAGCCGCUGGGUGAGCCUGGACGAGGUCACUGACGAGUUCCUCAAGAAGGGCUGGGAGGUUGAGGGUGAGGGUCAGAGCUUCAUCACCAACAUUGCUGAGAACAAGGAGAAGGGCUGGGUUGCUGAGCAGGUCUGGGGUUUUCAGAUUGUUGAUGGCGAGCGUAGAUACUGCAGACAUGUUGUUGUGACUAAGGGAGAGGAGCGGGCUCAGAUCCGACUCGUCUACGACUUUAACGAAGAGUAAAGGGGGUUCUUUUGUGUGACAGGUGCUUAUUUUGAUAUCAUAUAGAAGAGCUGAGGGCCUUCGUGUUUGUUUCUUCAAUAAUAAAUAAAGAGAGUAGCUAUACAACACCCUAACUGGGUUAU